UUUCUUGUUACUGCAUCCUACUGCAAAUAAUUACAAGAAAAAUGAAUUAGCAUUUCUUUGUUACAACUCGUAGUUGUGUAUAUAUAGAUAUACAAUUUCAAAAAAGACCGGCAGAACUGCACAUUUUUAUGGAUCAGAUAUCAACAUAAGGUAUGAGUGAGAUGACAUGAUAAAAAGAAGUAUAAAAGGGAUUCUGCCAUACGUUAUUUAAAUUCAAUCUCUCGUUUCCUUCACAGAAGUACACUCAGUGAAUUUUUUCAAGUUAAAAUGAAGAUUCAAAUUAUAGCAUGUUUAUGCAUUGGAAUUGCAUUGGCAUUUCCUGCCGAUGAAGAAUCUGGAACACUUCCAGACGUCUCUAACCUGGAUGGAUCAUCAAAAGCACAACCAAGCACAACAAUAGAAGAGAAAACGAACGAUGGUGCUAAAGAGACUCUUGAAUCUGCCGCAUCAGCUUGGGGUCAUGGAUAUGGAAAAGGAUGGCGAAGCUAUGGUUGGGGUCGCCGCAGCCUUAAUUCGACCGUUUACAUACGCUUGGUAAUGGAUGUAUUUGCGUUAACAAUUGUUUCUUGCUGCAGCUUAUGGAUAUGGAUAUCAAAAAUACUAUUGGUAAUAAUUCAAAUGAAUUCACGAAACUAUAUUUAAACUACAAUUAAAAAAAAACAAAACAAAAAAACAUCAUUUAAUGUUGCAAUUAUUGUUAUUUUAUCAAUUUUGUAGAAUAUUAUUUUGAUAAAAAAAAUAAAAGAUGAAAUGUAUUUGAUCAAUUCAAAUAUCUGA